GUUUGAAUCUAUCUUUUCGUUUGUGUUUGUGUCUCUUGUUUGGAUCGUGGACUUUUCGCUAUUGAGACAUCAGUCUCUUUUUAAAGACUCAUGUUUCCAAGCAGACCACCUGGGCCCUCUGGGCCGGGGGGUUCAUGCAAGUUUACUGUAGUAGAAACUUGUGAUAGAAUAAAAGAAGAGUUCACUUGUAUACAACAGCAAAAUCACUCGCUGCAGCUGGAAAGAGAAAAGCUUCUCAGUGAGAGGUCAGACAUGCAACGAAUUUGUGUAAUGUAUUAUGAGAUGGCUAAUGGUUUAAACCUAGAAAUGCACAGACAAAUGGAAAUAGCUAAAAGAUUAAGCGCUAUCUUGACUCAAGUAUUACCAUUCCUAUCACAAGAGCACCAAUCCCAAGUUCUUUCAGCUAUCGAAAGAGCCAAACAAGUGACAAUGCAGGAAUUAAACUCUGUGUUGGCAGCACAAAUAGAAGAUGUCAAGUCCUCGAAGUUCUUCAACGGAAAUAAUAUGGGGCUCCCAUUAGAACAGUUCGAAGCAUACAAGCAGCUGUCUGUCAUUGGGGGUGCUAACCCAGGCGUUUCCGGUUUACAUGCUUCUAAUUUGACUUCUAACCAUUCUGCGGGCAGUACAUCGUCCAGCACCCCUGGAUCUCUCCAGUCAGGGUCAGCUAACGCACAGACGUCCAGUCUGCUUCCAUCUCUUUCUCCAUCUGGUAAUCCGUCAGUUUCAGCGGCACUGUUGAAUGGCUUGAUGUCAGCAGCCGGUGCAGCAUCUGUUGGGCCGGGAGCCCUUAUGUUACAGUCUUCUGGUUCAAGGAUAUCUCCACUUGGACGUGAAGCCGAAAAGUUAAUGAGUAAUGAAGAUAAACAACGCGCUGCUGCUGCUGCAGCGGCGGCGGCAGCAGCAGGUAGUUUCCUGUUAUCCAACCGCUCGUCUGGUAACGGCCCGUGUUUAGUCCCUCCACCGCCAAAUCCAAUCACUGGUUUGUUAGGUGGUUGUGGUGAGUUUCCUGGCUUUCCAGGCACAUUCCCGAUUAGUGCGGGUCUAGGAGGUGGCGAUAUUGGGAGGUCCCCUUCAUCUCUUCCACCAAUCUCUCAGCAGCCGUGUCGCGGUUCAUCCACGGAUGAUGCUGGGGGUCGAUCAAGUAACUCAGGUGGGAUUCAGUUAGGAUCUAAUUUUGCUGGCCUUCCUCAUUCGAGUUUAUCUGCACUGACCAAUCCGCUAUUGCUUCCUCCACCUAUGACUCCUACACCCGGCGGAAAUCUGGGUCUCAGCAGCUCAACCCCAACAAGUUCUUCAGUUAUGGAUGAAAAAAGACGCAAACUUAACGAGCCUAAGGAGGGUGGGCACGAAAAUGGCAAUUGGAGGAUGAAUGACGAUAUGCGCACUAUCCCAGAGAGAGGUCCAAAUCUUGGGGGUACUGGUCGUCGAAGUGGAAGCAGUCGUCAGCCUCUCAAUCUUAGUCCACAGCUUAGUUCCGGUCACAACACUACCUAUCCAACUACUUCAAGUGCACCUGCAGUCGGCACUGCCAACGCGAAUUCUGGACGUCCAUCUCAGGCGUCUGAGGUCCCAGCUUCAACCCGGUGGAAACAAUCAUCUAAAAAUGUUCAGUCUGGUCCCGGUGCUUAUUCAUUCAUAGUGUUGCCUAAUGGACAAACUCGACCGUGUGCAUUGGCGUCCGCUCCCGGAGCGACUACUGCUCAGGGAUUGCCUCGUCGACUUCAACACCUUGCUAGUUUACCUCAUGGUGACGUCGUUUGUGCUGUCACUUUAGGCCCAUGUCCAGUAGGACGUGCUUCUUCAUUGGCCUCAGCUGAUACCUGUAUUGGAUCUCGUAAUGCUGGAAGUGAUACUGAUAGUGUUACAGUUGGUUCUCCAGGUUCAAAUCACACCACUUCCAUCCCCGCCCACUUUGCCUAUACUGGUGCUCGAGGCAGCGUCAAGUUAUGGGAUCUUGCAUCGAUUAGUGCUAACUCUGGAACUGCCCCACUUGCUAAUAGAGAUAUUACUCCCCUUGCUACUUUUGACUGUUUAUGCUACGAUAGCUAUGUUAGAUCUAUCAAACUUUUCCCGGAUGUUUCUGGUCUUAUAGUUGGUGGUGAAUCUAACGCACUCACUGUUUGGGAUUUAAAUGGUCCAGGACGACGUAGAGCUGAAUUGACAUUUGAAGCGCCUGCUUGCUAUGCACUUGCACUUUCGCUUGAUGGAAAACUGGCCUAUAGUUGCUGCUCCGAUGGCCAAGUUGCUGUUUGGGAUAUACAUAAUCAGAGUAUUGUUCACCAGUUUCAUGGACAUGUUGAUGGGACAUCAUGUGUUGAAAUUACUGGAGAUGGGAAUCGUUUGUGGACAGGUGGUUUAGAUCAUAAAGUCCGUUGCUGGGAUAUUCGUGGAAAUCCUUCACGAGAUGUCUGUCACAUUGAAUUCAAGUCCCAAGUGUUUUCACUUGGCUUAUCUUCACAUAUGGCCCCAACUCGGCGCCAAGCUGAAUCAGUCUCUCCAGUUUCGGUUGACGGAGAGUCUACCUCUAGUGGUGGUGCUGGUGCUGGAGGAGGUACUCGCGACACAGUUAGUCCACAGUCGUUCGUCAGUGGAAGCAAUAAGUCACUAUCAAUUGAAAGCUGGUUAGCGGUGGGUUUGGAGUCAUCUGAAGUUGAAGUCCUAGCUAUAGGACCAGAUGGACCACCUGUUUCAGCAUUCCCUGUUAAUUAUAAUGUACCACGUGAAGAAUCUGGAAGUGGGAGUGGUAAUCCUUCCCCAAUAUCCCAUCAUACUGGAUCUAAUCAACCUCAACAUUUUCGUCUUACUCAUCAUGAAAGUUGUGUGUUAGCUUUAAGGUUUGCACAUCAUGCUGACUGGUUCCUUACAACAGGUAAAGAUCAUCAAGUUAAUGCUUGGCGAACUCCAUAUGGUGCCUGUCUUCUUGAAACGAAAGAAGCGGCGUCAGUUCUAACAUGUGACAUAUCCUUAGAUGAUAAAUUUGUGGUUACCGGUUCCGGGGAUAAGCGUGCAAAUUUGUAUGAGGUUAUCUUCACUUCUCAACGAUAAAUUAAUGACAUUCCUUAAAUUUAUGUGUGCAAAAUGCAACAAUGUCUUAUACUAAUGAUCUGAGAUCAUUCAUUUCAUUAAUGAUCCUUUUCGCCUCUCUUUAUGACUAUAAUCCUACAUGAUAUAUUGUAUCACAACUAUCCGGUAUGAACUGACAUUAAUUAGUUUAUUAAUGUCUCUUAAUGUUUCUUACUUAUUACUGUUUUUGUUAUUGUUAGUACUUUUACUGGUGUAGUCAUUGCUGAUAUUUUCUACUUGUAACUGUUUUUUUCCUCUAAAUUUUCUUGAUUGUGUGCGUGAUCGCACUGUUAGCUUUCCAUAGGUGAGUAACCUUGUUGUUGAUGAUGAUUUUUAUGUGUCAAAAUUUCGCAGAAAUAAUGCACAAAAAAACUUUCCCAUUUCUUAUAUGAAUACUCACCGUUCUCUUUGUUCUCAUCAUUAUUGAUUCGCAGUUAUUGUUGCUAAUGUUAGCACUAUAAAUCAUCAUCUCAAAAAAAUGCACAACAGAGGUGAUCUGGUCGCUAAUCUGAUCAUCAUUCUUCAUUGACGGUAUAAUAAUAAUGAUAAUAAUAAUAAUUGUUAUUAUUAUUAUUAUUAUUGUUAUUAUUAUUAUUAUGAAUCUUUGCAUUUACCUCCAGUAAUGUGGAAUUUAGCUGCGUUUUUUGUUUUUAUUUUCCAAUUGGUUUACUCGAGAAAAAGAAAUAUUUAAAUCUUGCUGAUGGACGACAAUACAGUACGUAUGAAAGAGAAAUGCAUUUAUGCCGUUGUCUCCUACUCAACACUCGCCAAUUUUUCAGUUAUUCCAAAAUAACGCUACGCUCGACCUAUGUUGUUUGUACACCAUAACAUCACAAUAUUGUAUAUAAUCACCCUAAAUCUUUUAUUAUAAUACAUUAUCUCAUCUUGGGAUAAAAAUAAACGUUUCUUUUCUUGUUUUUUUCCUUUUUAUAUCUCGUAAGUUCUCUUUCAACAACACAUACUUUUUCUACUUGGUCCUAUCACAUUUUUUCUUGGGGAUUUUUGUGUGUGCGUGUGUAUCGUAUUUACAUACGUACUCUUGUGUACUUCGUUUUUCUUUUUCUAUUGCAUUUAUAUGAUUGAUUCCUUAUCAUUGUUGUCGACAAUAACGACGGUUAUCAUAUAAUGAAAGAAUUUUCAUUCUGUUAACCACUCUCAAACUUAUUAUGCAUCAUUUCAGUCAGUGAUUUUUAUUGUGUCUGUGUGUUAAUUUGUUCCUUAUCUCAUGGUAUAUAUAAUACCCAUCGAUCGAUUUAUAUGUCUAAAACAUUAUUAUCCAACAAGUCAAAUCCGGUCUCAUUUUGAUUAAAGGACAUAUCUUAUAGUAAGUAACGUCAUUUUGUCCAAAGAAUAACUUACAUUUGUCUUAUAGUUCUAUAAUUAUUCUUAUAGCCUUCCUAAUUAUCUUCAUAUCUAUUUAUGCGUUAUUCCUCUACGUGAAUAUGUUACACUAUUAAUGUGACCAAAAUAGUCUUCAACUUGUAUGCUCUUAGAUUUCUUAAUGUGGCUAGGUAAAAAUUAUUAUCUAUGUAUUCCUACAUUUAUUGAUCUGUAGAAGGUAAUCAGUAAAAUUAUUAUUGCUUCUUUGAGUAUAAUUUCCUUUUCCUACUAUAAGGGUUGGAUUUAUCUCGAAAUGUGCGUUAUUCUCGUCGGGAUCUUUUUGUUGAUAUUUCGAAUCGUCGUAAGUCUAAUUUCUCAGUCGCAACUAGCACCUCGAUGUUAUAGUCAUAUUUGCACAUCAUGAUGAUUGAUUGAGCUUAAUUGGCUGAAACAUCUGUUGCCUUAGUUCCCACCGUGCCGGACGGGUUGGUUAGAAAGCUGUAGUAUUAAAAGAAGCAAACUCAAGAUCUGACGGCAGCAUGGUGUCUUUUCAGUCGACCAAGAUCCGCAGCGUUGGUGCCUCCUCACCACGGAAUGUGUGAGGGUUAGAAAAGGUGCGGCUCAGAAGUAGCUCGGUUCACUACGUCCAAAGGGAUCUCCGUUGUUGGCUUUAAAAGUACCAAACUGACAUCGAAUCCCAAAAAAUGCUUUGACCAGCCUCAAGCAUUUGUUCCUUAAGCUCUGCAAUCCUACUCUCAAAUUGUCAAGACCGCUGCUAAUGCAGUUCCCUGUUUGGGUCUCCGAAGAAGUAUCCUUUAACGUUUUAGGCAGUUGGAGAGUGACAACCAUACUUGUACCUUCAACUGAUCAUUGUUCACAAUCAAGUCUACUUAGUGUUCUGUUUUCAUUGUCAACUCAUAUCUCUAGUCCUUUCUCACUUGAAAUUAUUGAUAACGUAUGGGGCUCACAGAAUGUUUUUCCUGGUCUUCUGAGGUCACUUCAAAAUAAACGGGUCUUCCACGACCGUUGUUGCUAUCUUGACGUGGUGGUCGGGCUUGCCUAUCGUGAUGAAGCAACCGAGCCAUACUGGCUGGAACAACCGUUCCUCAAGGUCCUACAAUGUCAGACAGGUCGGUUGAAGAGCGGUAAGACUACAAGCAACAAACCCAAGGUCCGAAGGCGAAGUCGUACUACUGACUGUACAGAGGUGUGGCAGCAGUAAGGUAUUUCCUUCAGGAAACCGGCAUGACAGCGAUGCUACCUCCCCACAGGGAGGGAUGGGGUUAGAAAAGGUCGGCCCUAAAAAUGCACACCACCUUAUCCCACUGAUAUCCGUCUCCGGCAGUAAGGUCUCAACAAGUACUGAGCUGACAUAAAAAUUACCCACAGAAAGGUCGUGUGUGACCGACCUCAAGCAGUUGUCACUUGGGCACUGCGGUCACGCUCUCAGGUCAUUAAGACCACCUCUAAUCCAAUUUCCUUUUCAGGCACCUACAGAAGAAAUGGGUCUUCCAGUGUCUGAAUCGUGUCAAAUUGAGGGCUAGGUGCACUAGCUGAGAUCUUGGAACCUAGUACCAUCGAUGUGUGCUGUCUUCUAAACACACACUGGGUUCUAGUGUGAUUAUAAUCGCGUAUGUACUGUCCAAAUGAUACAAUAAGAACUUGAAGGGAAGGCCGUUACCUUAUCAUUCUCGCCUACUCUUCACUAACUUGACCUUAAGCAGAGUAAGAGACAAAUGUUCAUAUCCUUAGAUAUAUCCGCAACAGGUUAUUUUGACCUUCGUCGGUCUUUAAAGUCAAUCUGGAAAAUACCACACAGAAUUCUCAACCUUGGUAGGUUAGUGUUUGGGAGAAGCGCGCUUGACUCAUUUCAACCUGCGCCACCUUCAACGUAGUCAAAAUGUUAGUCAGCCAACCAAAGGAUGAUUAUACAUAAUACUUUAUGUUACGAACCUUGGUAUAUGAAAUAAAAGGUGCAUUGCUCAUGUAUCAUGAAGUCACCGACUGAACAGCGCUUAUGUUAUGGAUAUAUGCGUAUUAGGUUGGUGAGUUUGUUAACUUUCGGUGAUUGAGUUGUUUUGGACAUACUCAAGUUGCACUUACAUCGUCGUACAAUGUUAGGUAUCAUGAUAAUGUUAGAAGCAAUCUGUCGUGGGAACAAACUAUAAUAUUUAGCCUUAUUGGCAGUACAAUUAUUUCAACUUAAUAUGGUAAUGCAACUUGAGAUAAAGCGCAUUUGUGCCAUGCUCCAUGGUGAUUUUGACUGUCACGAUACAUACAUUACACGAAUCAAAGUACUUUUCAUAACCCAAUUCAGCCAACAAUUUAUUUUGCUGAGAACGACGCUACUAAUUGCACACUAGAAGUGCUAACUUGUUUCGAAUAAAAAAAGUAGAUCAUACUCGGGGAAAGUGUGUAUACUUUGUUUUGAUGGAUUUACUCAACUCCACAUAACCAGUAUUGUGAAUUAACAUAUAUUUUAGAUGCGAGUUUAAUUAUUAGUGCGCGUUUAAUAACAUCAUUGAGUGUGAAGUAGUUUUUGUUGACAAUCUCAAUAAAGUAAGUUUUCUCAAAGUGGAAAAUGCCAGUUCUUAUUUUUGUAGUCUAAGAUAGUACAAAUCAUACUAAAUUUGUCAUUAUGUUCAUUACGUUUUAACUAGAGUACAUGAUGUUCCAAGUAUUUUGUAUAAGCUCGAGUAUUCUGUUUAUAGAUUUAAUGACCAAUCUCUACAAACUAACAUUCUAAAUGAUAUCAUUUAGUUUAAAUUUUGCCAUUUCAUUUCUUGAAAAAGAUUCCAGUUUAAUAACUUUGAAACGAUUCUUCUCAUUUAAAUGCGAAGUUUUUGUCCUAUACUUAGUAGGAUACAUAAACCAAUGGCUUUAUUAGACAGAACUAUUUAGUCAGUAUACUGAAUGUACAAAUUAGAAAGUUAAUUUCAGGAACUGUAUGUAUUGGUAAUAGAAGUAAUUAUGUGUACAUAUAUGUUGUUAGUAUUUAUCAAUAUUGAUUUAUAAUACUCUUCAAAUAAUCAAUAUCUUGCAGUUAUGGUUAGUGAAUAAUGAUAAAUGGAUUAUCAUUACAAAUGAACUGUGACCUAAUCAAUUAUCAAGUUUAUUUUCAUCCUUUACUUGACAAGACAUUUGAAAGCUUUUUUGAACUACAGAUCGAUAUCAGAUUUUCGAAGCCUAUAUGUAUGACACAAUGUAAUGUGAAGAAAAUCAAUAUCACGAAACUACUUACCAAUAUGAUUCAUUGUAGUUGUGUAGUCUUUUUAGAAAUAUUAUUCAAUACUUGAUUUAUUUAUAAAUAAUUCUCAUCAUGAAAUCACAUAAACUGGAUAAUUCAUUACGAGUCAAGUUAUGACGGACAACUAUUCUGCUGUCGAUUUUGUUACUUCAAUAACAUGUAUUAAGAACCUUAAAUUAUUUAAAGUUGACGAUCUCAAGACAUAUCAGAAGGGAUUUUGUGGAUAUUAUAGUAAUUUUAAUAGUUAAGAUCACGAGUCAUUUGAACCUAGACCACCGUGGGAAACCUGGAAGUACUGGACGGAUGCACAUUGCUGAGGAGUCCCAUAAUAGGACGAAAUGGCCGUCCAAUGCUUCCACGUUUUUUAUGGUGGUCUAGCUUCAAUUAACUUGUUAUCUCAACUAUUAAAUUGUGAAUCAUUUAUAAUCAGGAUGGGUUUUGUGGAGAUUUUUAGAAAUUUCACAGGUUGAAAUCAUGAGUCAAUUGAAGCUAGACCAUCAUGGAAAACCUGGAAGCACUGGACGGCCGUUUCGUCCUUGUAUUGACUCAUGAUUCCAACCUGUGAAAUUUCUAAAAAUCACAAAAACCAUUCUGAUAAUAAUCAACUGGUCACUAGUGAUUGACUUCAGGAGAUACUCCUGGAGUUCUAGUGAGAAGCCGUUACCAGUAGAGUUCAACCAGGUCUGUUGUGAGAUAUCAGCUCACUGAAGACAAUGGUAUGGGGUGGCACAACUUCGUGGAUUGGUUGGAGUUAAACAUUAACACUGUUGGAUACCGGCUCAGUGGUCUAGUGAUUAAGUGCUCGCGCGCGAAACCAGUAGGUCCUGGGUUCGGAUCCAGCAGGGUGCGGGAUCGUGGGUGUGCACUGCUGAGGAGUCUCAUAUUAGGGCGAAACGGCCGUCCAGUGCUUCCAGGUUUUCUAUGGUGGUAUAGCUUCAAUUGACUCAUGAUUUCAACGUGUGAAAUCAUUUAUAGAAUGCAUGAUUCAUAUAUAAUUACUGAACUAAAUCGAUUAUCAUUUGCUUAAUAAUCUUUAAUAUUGGUCAGAAUCCGUUUAAAAUUAAUAGAUUUUUAUAUGAUUUUCUUCGCUUCUAGUGGAAUUAUAUCUACUUUUGUUCCACAGUCAAUGAAUAAAAUUGUCAAAAUGAUCAAAUUGACUGAGUAAAUAUUUCAACUGAAAUCAAUUGUUGUAUUCUAUCUAACUUAGUUAGUAUUUUGUAGAAGAUAAAUUCACUGAUCAGAUUAAUGAAUAUGUAUAAUAAAAAUUUAUAUGAAUUUAUAUGAAUACAAAUUUGUUCAAAACCACAAACAAACAAACGAUAGUAUGAUUGAGUUCGUUUGCAUCUUGAUAGUAAAAUGAAUGAAAUUAAAGGUCACCAAAAUAGCCAAUUACAUUUUUAAAAAAAAAGAAAAUUUAAUCUGUCAUUUUAUCAAUACUGACCUUAAUAAAACAAGUUUAAAGUUUCUUUUUUUUUCUGUAUAAUUGGUCAAUUUUUUUUUACAAAAAAAAAUAUUUUCAUUUUCUAAUUUUUUCUUUUUAUUCUAACCAAAAAAAAAUCACACAACAAAUCUCUCUCUAUCUGUUUAUUUCAUUUUAGUUUUCUUGUGAAUAAUUAUUCUCUCUCAUUUUUUCUUUUUUGAUUGAUGAUUUGUUUUCAUUUUACCGUAAAUCAACUCUAUUGAUACACACACGCACACACACACACACGUGCAUACAUACAUAUAUACGUAUAUACACACUCACAUACAUACAUAUACAAAAUUUACUGACAAAAACAUUUGUUUACAGAAUAGGUAAUAAUAAAAUUGAUUAGUUUCUUUGUUGGUUUCUUUUUCGUGUUUCGAUAAUUUUGUUCUGUCUAGUUUUCAUUAUUAUUAUUAUUAUUAUUAUUAUUAUUAUUAUUAUUCAUUUAUUUAGUAUUUUCUUAUUUCAAUUAUUUUCGUUUUUCAUUUUACAAUACCACUUCAGUUUACUUCGAUUUAUGUCUUUUUCUAUAUCGACCGAAAUUCUUGGAAUAGAAAAGGGAAAAAAAUGGAGGGGGGGGAAUUUGAAAUAAAUAUUUUAAAAAAAUAAUAAGAUUUAAAAAUAAAGUUUUUUUCUUCAGUUUUGUUUCUUUUUUAUUUUGUUUGUUUUCCUAUUACCUAUAGGAUUCAAUGUUUUAUUUGGAAAAUAAUAAAAAAAAUUAAAUUAAAUUUCAUAUAUAUACACAUUGUAAAUAUGCUUGUUACUGUUUGUUUUUUCUUUUGUAUAUUUAAUUCAUUAUAUGUAAUUUCUUUUAAAUAGUUUGUUUUGUAUGUUUUUCUUUUCUUUUUCCGAUUGUAUUCAGUCUAUUUUGUUGUUGUUGUCCCCAUUGUACAUUGUUCGUUUUAUUAUGUUUUCUCUAUUAUAUGAUGUUAUAUAUAUGUAUGUAGUUUUUUUUUUUUGUAUUGUUGUUUACAUUGACUUGAGUGAAACAGUUAGAAAUUAGUUAGUUAGUUAGUAUGUUG